GGUACCUAGCUGGCGAGCUUAUCGUAGCUGCCGCUUGCAAAGGUGGGUUCCAAUCAUAUCUCGCACUGGGCAGGAGAGGGGCAAAUGGUGGGCAGCCGACUGACGCAUCGUCUUAAACCUUGAACUUGCUCACUUUUGGAUACUUUGAACAAUAAACAAGAACAUUUUAUGAAUUAAUACAUAUCGAAUAUUUCCCCUUUCCUCUUCAUUUUUUUGUUCUUCUUUUUUAGAUAAAUAAAAAAGGGCAAGGAAGGAAUUCUACUAGACUUCUUGCUUGUAUGUUCCAAGUCCGUUCGUUUCAUCACGGAUCCAUCCAUUCGUCCCUCCAUAACAGCCGAGCUCGUGACCCCUGCGCAUGUCUGUUUGCUCAUCUGCCUUAUUCUAGUAUUAUUCUACAUAUCAGCAUCGUACAUAGGUACCUACAUACCGUGAACAUCUAACAAACAUAUCUGCCUCAACACCCCACCCAGUACCUGGUACCAGCGCCCAACGCUGUACUAUCUGCCUUUCUCUUAUUCUAGAUACCUACUUUCCAAGGGGGCUAUCCAGAUAAGCUAGGUGCCUACCUAUAUAUCAAAGGCAGCACAACACGCCAAACAACCAAAUGCCUCGGAAGCCACUCCGCAUCCUGUGCUUCGGCAACUCGCUGACGGCCGGGUUCCCGGCUGGCCAACCCUACGCCAUCAAGCUCAAGGAGAAGCUCGAGAAGGCGUUUCGAGGCCCCGAUUUUGCCGGUGUCGAGUAUGAUGUUGAAGGCGUGCCCGGGGAUCUGGUUACUAGGGGUUCCUUCAUCGAUCGUAUGCAGAAUGCAUGGAGAAUAGCGGCUAAAAAUAAGAAGCCGUACGACUGGACCAUCGUGUUAGGCGGGACGAAUGAUCUUGGCUGGAAUGUUCCAACAGAUGAAAUCAUCACCGGCCUGAAGCGUACAUGGGAGACGCCUCUUGUACGUCACGGCAAGGUGCUCGCAUUAACGAUACCCGAUACCAGAGCUACAUAUAAGGAUAACCCUAAACGUCGUGAUGACGUGAACACUGCUAUCAAGCAAUACAAGAGGCAGAACUUCUUCUAUUUCGACUUAUACAACGCAAUACCCUACCACAACAUGGAGCCCAGCGACCGGCCCAUCUACUGGAACGCGGACGGGGUGCACUUCACCGCCGCCGGCUACGACCUCAUGGGCGAGAAGAUCGCCGAGGAGCUCAUCCGCAUCAUGAAGCUCGCCGAGGCCCAGGACACAGACAUCAUGAGCAUCGCCUCGGACCCCAGGCAGAGGCGGGCAAUCGAGAGCAUGAUCUUCGAGGAGGAGAGAGGUGACCCGCGUUUGCUCAGCCAGGGCUACAUCGUCGUCCGCAAGAAGGAUUUGGAUUAGGGUUGGGUUGGACGGUGGUGAUUGGGAGUGUGCUUGUGAUUAUGAUUGUGCUUGGAAUUGGACUUGGGACUAUGAC